CAGUGCAGAGCGCAUUUUACCGGAUAAAAAUUUAAAAUGCAAUUGGUGAACUUCCUGUGGAUAGGUCUGUUGACGAUCCCGCAGGCAUUCGCCUUGGAUGCAUGUGCUGGACAAAAUUUUGGAUAUAAAGCUAUCGAUCCAGCUGAUCCCCAUGCAUACUACUUGUGCCUGGGUUUGGUGGGCAAAAUAAGAAAUACUUGCGCGGAGGGAUUUCGCUUUAAUGUGCAAGGACAAAACUGUGCACAAGUCCAGCUGCCAAGCGACCCUGCCCCAAAUGCAGCCAGCGGGCCCAAUAAUCAGUUCAAUAUAAAUCAGAACAUAACCCUUGACAGGCCCAUCAUUUUCAAUAUCUUCGGCUACCUGUUUAAUCGACCCCCGAAACCACAUUUCCCCACAACAACGCCACCAUCAAUCGGAACUACCACUAAAGCUCUCCCCGAACAGAAUGAAUCCACGACAAUAACUCAGUUAUUACCAAAAACUACAACACACGGUAUAAAUACCACUCCAGAUGGACUGGACAGUUCUACUCGAAGCUCAACUUCCGGCUCACUGCAGUCUACUGCGACAGUAACUAAACCAUCAGAAACUUCUACCGAGAGUUCUAGUUCCAGCAGCGAGGCCUCAGCCUCAGUAGUUCCAGAAACAUCAUCCAGUUCCGAAGCCUCAUCUUCAGUAGUUACAGAAACAUCAGAAAGCUCUACUGAGAGCUCUCUUUCAAGCUCUGAGGCUUCAUCUUCUUCGGAAGUAACGGACCCAUCAGUAAGUUCCACUGAGAGCUCUAGUUCAAGCUCUGAGGGCUCAUCUUCUUCUGAAAUAACGGAGUCAUCAGAAAGUUCCACUGAGAGCUCUAGUUCCAGUUCCAAAGAACCAUCGGAAAGUUCCACUGAGAGCUCCAGUUCCAGUUCCGAAGCCUCAUCUUCAGUAGUUACAGAAACAUCAGAAAGCUCUACUGAGAGCUCUAUUUCAAGCUCUGAGGCCUCAUCUUCUUCAGCAGCAACGGAACCAUCGGUAAGUUCCACUGAGAGCUCUAGUUCCAGUUCCGAGGAACCAUCAGAAAAUUCCACUGAGAGCUUCAGUUCCAGUUCCGAAGCCUCAUCUUCUUCAGCAGUAACGGACGCACCAGAAAGUUCCACGGAGAGCUCUAGUUCAAGUUCUGAAGAACCGUCAAAAAGUUCCACUGAGAGCUCCAAUUCUAGUUCCGCGGAACCAUCUGAAAGUACCACUGAGAGCUCUAGCUCAAGCUCUGAGGGCUCAUCUUCUUCGGAAGUAACGGAACCAUCAGAAAGUUCAACUGAGAGCUUCAGUUCCAGUUCCGAAGCCUCAUCUCCUUCAGCAGUAACGGAACCAUCAGAAAGUUCCACUGAGAGCUCUAGUUCAAGCUCUGAGGGCUCAUCUUCUUCUGGAAUAACGGAACCAUCAGAAAGUUCAACUGAGAGCUCCAGUUCCAGUUCCGAAGGACCAUCAGAAAGUUCCACUGAGAGCUCUAGUUCAAGCUCUGAGGGCUCAUCUUCUUCUGAAAUAACAGAGCCCUCAGAAAGUUCCACUGAGAGCUCUAGUUCCAGUUCCGAAAAACCGUCAGAAAGUUCCACUGAGAGUUUUAGUUCCAGUUCCGAGGAACCAUCAGAAAAUUCCACUGAGAGCUUCAGUUCCAGUUCCGAAGCCUCAUCUUCUUCUGCAGUAACGGACGCACCAGAAAGUUCCACGGAGAGCUCUAGUUCAAGUUCUGAAGAACCGUCAAAAAGUUCCACUGAGAGCUCCAAUUCUAGUUCCGCGGAACCAUCUGAAAGUACCACUGAGAGCUCAAGCUCAAGCUCUGAAGGCUCAUCUUCUUCGGAAGUAACGGAACCAUCAGAAAGUUCAACUGAGAGCUUCAGUUCCAGUUCCGAAGCCUCAUCUUCUUCAGCAGUAACGCUACCAUCAGAAAGUUCCACUGAGAGCUCUAGUUCAAGCUCUGAGGGCUCAUCUUCUUCUGGAAUAACGGAGCCAUCAGAAAGUUCAACUGAGAGCUUCAGUUCCAGUUCCGAAGGAGCAUCAGAAAGUUCCACUGAGAGCUCUAGUUCAAGCUCUGAGGGCUCAUCUUCUUCUGGAAUAACGGAGCCAUUAGGAAGUUCCACUGAGAGCUCUAGUUCCAGUUCCGAAAAACCGUCAGAAAGUUCCACUGAGAGUUCUAGUUCCAGUUCCGAAAAACCGUCAGAAAGUUCCACUGAGAGCUCUAGUUCCAGUUCCGAUGAACCAUCAGAAAGUUCCACUGAGAGCUCUAGUUCAAGCUCUGAGGGCUCAUCUUCUUCAGCAAUAACGGAACCAUCAGGAAGUUCCACUGAGAGCUCUAGUUCCAGUUCCGAAGAACCGUCAGAAAAUUCCACUGAGAGCUUUAAUUCAAGUUCCGCGGUACCAUCUGAAAGUACCACUGAGAGCUCUAGCUCAAGCUCUGAAGGCUCAUCUUCUUCGGUAGUAACGGAAUCAUCAGAAAGUUCAACUGAGAGCUCCACUUCCAGUUCCGAAGCCUCAUCUUCUUCAGCAGUAACGGAACCAUCAGAAAGUUCCACUGAGAGCUCUAGUUCAAGCUCUGAGGGCUCAUCUUCUUCUGGAAUAACGGAACCAUCAAAAAGUUCAACUGAGAGCUCCAGUUCCAGUUCCGAAGGACCAUCAGAAAGUUCCACUGAGAGCUCUAGUUCAAGCUCUGAGGGCUCAUCUUCUUCUGAAAUAACGGAGCCAUCAGAUAGUUCCACUGAGAGCUCUAGUUCAAGCUCUGAGGGCUCAUCUUCUCCUGAAAUAACGGAGCCAUCAGAAAGUUCAACUGAGAGCUCCACUUCCAGUUCCGAAGCCUCAUCUUCUUCAGCAGUAACGGAACCAUCAGAAAGUUCCACUGAGAGCUCUAGUUCAAGCUCUGAGGGCUCAUCUUCUUCAGCGAUAACGGAACCAUCAGAAAGUUCAACUGAGAGCUCCACUUCCAGUUCCGAAGCCUCAUCUUCUUCAGCAAUAACGGAACCAUCAGAAAGUUCCACUGAGAGCUCUAGUUCAAGCUCUGAGGGUUCAUCUUCUUCGGAAGUAACGGAAUCAUCAGAAAGUUCAACUGAGAGCUCCACUUCCAGUUCCGAAGCCUCAUCUUCUUCAGCAGUAACGGAACCAUCAGAAAGUUCCACUGAGAGCUCUAGUUCAAGCUCUGAGGGCUCAUCUUCUUCUGGAAUAACGGAGCCAUCAGAAAGUUCAACUGAGAGCUUCAGUUCCAGUUCCGAAGGACCAUCAGAAAGUUCCACUGAGAGCUCUAGUUCAAGCUCUGAGGGCUCAUCUUCUUCUGGAAUAACGGAGCCAUCAGAUAGUUCCACUGAGAGCUCUAUUUCAAGCUCUGUGGGCUCAUCUUCUCCUGAAAUAACGGAGCCAUCAGAAAGUUCAACUGAGAGCUUCAGUUCCAGUUCUGAGGAACCAUCAGAAAGUUCUACUGAGAGAUCUAGUUCCAGUUCCGAAGCCUCGUCUUUUUCUGCAGUAACCGAUCAAACAGAAAGUUCUACAGAGAGCUCCAGUCUUAGCUCCGAGGCACUAUCGUCUUCAUCCGCUGUAACAGAAGCAGUUGAGUCCCCUACCGAAGUUUCUGCUGAAGCCGCAGUUCAAUUUCUUCCAAUCAGUUUCAAUGCUGGAAAACCGGGUGAGAGAUUAGAAAACACAUUGUUGAGACCAACAGCGCUUGGAGCUAAAUUUUCCACUGCUGGAACCAAAGAAAGUUCAUAUUGCGCCCUUCUGCCAAAUGGUGCAUACAUAAGAGACCCAAAGACCUGUAGUAAAUUUUAUGUUUGUGCAAAUGGACAAUCCAUUUCUCGAAAGUGUCCUGGAAAUCUCAAUUUCGACAUCGAAAAGAAGAUUUGCAAUUUACCCAGCCUUGUGGAUUGUUCCAAGCAACAGCAACUAUUCUCCAUGCCAAAAUUAUUGGAGCUUAGUUCACCCAAUGCCGUUGGCAUUAGCUCUGAGAACUUGUCAACUUCUGAUGGGAGGAAACCAUCCUUGGACGCAUCAUCGACAAUUGAAGCAAUAAGUGAAACUUCAAAGGAUAUUUCGUCCGAAAAUAAUCACUUAUUAUCUGAAAAUCCAUUAUCAGCCUCUGCAAUCACGGAAAUUAGGUUGGGUAAUUCAACCGAAGAGCACACAAAGCUGAGUUCAGCGGAAGAUGACAGCUCCAGCUCUGGGAUUGGAUUGCAAAUCUCUAAACAUUUUGCACUAGCAGGACCAGCAAUUGAGAACCUUAAACAGUUCAAACCGACCAGCCUCAAGCAAGGUAUACGCGAAAAGAAUCCUGAGCUGGUUCCAUCGGAAAUUGAGGAAAGGUCAGUCUGCAGCUCUUUACCAAAUGGCGCCUAUCUAAGGGACUCCAAGUCGUGUAGCAAAUUCUAUAUAUGUGCCAAUGGCCACGCGAUUUCACGUAGCUGCCCAAAAAAUCUGUACUUUGACGUCAAGAAAAAGGUUUGCAAUUUCCCCGAACUUGUGGAAUGCCUAAUAAGCGAAGACCCAAGUAGCAAUUAUAAAAAUCCGUUACCAAAACCCGAUAAACAUCUGGAUGGUGUUCGUAUCGUUAAAACCGCGAGUAAAGGAAGCGUAUUGCAUUCGCCUCCUAAGCCGAAACCAUCUUCAGAAAGUGCAAUUGUAGUUCCAAAAUUAUCCAAAAUAUCAAAGGAGGAAGGCUCCCCAUCAGCCACUACUUCCAAAAAAUAUGUUGUGUCCAGCUCAAAGGUCAUAACAUCUCCGAGUGCUUCCUCCGAUCAGAGUUACACCAGCUCCAAGAAAACUCCGAUUCCUGCAGCACCAAGACUACAGCAGGGUAAACCAAUUGUAGCUGGGGAAAUUAAGUCGCAAGAUGCAGAAAUAAGUUCGACGAAAAAUAAAAACAGCUCCCUAAAAACGGUUGUGUCCAGCUCAAAGGUCAUAACAUCUCCUAGUGCUUCCGCCGAUCAGAGUAACACCAGCUCCAAGAAACCGAUUCCAGCAGCACCAAGACUACUGCAGGGUAAACCAAUUGUAGCUGGGGAAAUUAAGUCGCAAGAUGCAGAAAUAAGUUCGACGAAAAAUAAAAACAGCUCCCUGAAAACGGUUGUGUCCAGCUCAAAGGUCAUAACAUCUCCGAGUGCUUCCACCGAUCACAGUUACACCAGCUCCAAGAAAACUCCGAUUCCUGCAGCACCAAGACUACAGCAGGGUAAACCAAUUGUAGCUGGGAAUAUUAAACCGCAAGAACCGGAAAUAAAAGGCUCAACGAAAAAAAUGAGCAGCUCCCUAAAAACGGUUGUGUCCAGCUCAAAGGUCAUAACAUCUCCGAGUGCUUCCUCCGAUCAGAGUUACACCAGCUCCAAGAAAACUCCGAUUCCUGCAGCACCAAGACUACAGCAGGGUAAACCAAUUGUAGCUGGGGAAAUUAAGUCGCAAGAUGCAGAAAUAAGUUCGACGAAAAAAAAAAACAGCUCCCUAAAAACGUUUGUGUCCAGCUCAAAGGUCAUAACAUCUCCGAGUGCUUCCACCGAUCAGAGUUACACCAGCUCCAAGAAAACUCCGAUGCCUGCAGCACCAAGACUACAGCAGGGUAAACCAAUUGUAGCUGGGAAUAUUAAACCGCAAGAACCGGAAAUAAAAGGCUCAACGAAAAAAAUGAGCAGCUCCCUAAAAACGGUUGUGUCCAGCUCAAAGGUCAUAACAUCUCCGAGUGCUUCCUCCGAUCAGAGUUACACCAGCUCCAAGAAAACUCCGAUUCCUGCAGCACCAAGACUACGGCAGGGUAAACCAAUUGUAGCUGGGGAAAUUAAGUCGCAAGAUGCAGAAAUAAGUUCGACGAAAAAAAAAAACAGCUCCCUAAAAACGGUUGUGUCCAGCUCAAAGGUCAUAACAUCUCCUGGUGCUUCCGCCGAUCAGAGUAACACCAGCUCCAAGAAACCGAUUCCAGCCGCACCAAGACUACAGCAGGGUAAACCAAUGUUAGCUGGGAGUAUUAAGCCGCAAGAUGCAGAAAUAAGUUCGACGAAAAAAAAAAGCAGCUCCCUAAAAACGGUUGUGUCCAGCUCAAAUGUCAUAACAUCUCCGAGUGCUUCCGCCGAUCAGAGUAACACCAGCUCCAAGAAACCGAUUCCUGCAGCACCAAGACUACAGCAGGGUAAACCAAUUUUAGCUGGAAAAAUUAAGUCUCAAGACGCAGAAAUAAUAAGCUCGACGAAAAGUGAGCUCUAUAAGAAACCAGCCAGAAUACCCAGCACAGGGCACGGCAUUAUAACAAGAGAUCCCACGUUCGUGCCUUCAGGCGUAGAGAGUUCAGAUUGCAGUUUCCUACCAAACGGGGCUUUCAUAAGAGAUUCAAAGCUGUGCGGCAAGUUUUAUGUGUGUGCAAAUGGUCGUGCCAUACCCAAAAACUGUCCAGGAAUUCUAUAUUUCGAUAUCAAGAAGAGGGUCUGUAAUUUCCCCAGCCUGGUGGACUGCAGAAACAACAAUAAUGUACACACCGCUGCUCCAAUCAAACCUUCGACUUCCGCUACCCUGCCGCCAAAUACACCAAUUCCAGAUUGUAGCUCAUUGCCAAAUGGCGCCUAUCUACGGCAUCCAAAUUCGUGUAGCAAGUUUUAUGUUUGUGCGAAUGGCCGUGCCAUACCUAGAGAGUGCCCCAGAGGCCUUUAUAUAGACACAGAGAUGAAAUAUUGCGAUUUCCCCAGACGAGUGGCAUGUUCCUUAGAUGAGGCACAGAGCCCAAGCCGUGCUCAGGGUCUAGAAAAUAUCGCAGCAACAUCCCUUGGUCAGCCCGACUGUAGCGAUAAGCCCGAUGGAACCACUCUGCGCGACUCGAAACAGUGUAAUAAGUAUUAUAUCUGCGUAAGAGGAAUUCCAACUACCCAUUUCUGUGCGCCUGGCAAAUGGUUUGACCUCAAUCGCCAGGUCUGUGACCCAAAGCGUCUGGUCGAGUGCAGUAAUUGAGUGGGUAGAGCUCAUUAUAUGAAGUAAGAGUAUUAUGGAUUAUGUAUAUGGUAUAAUAGGUGAAGGGCUAUCAAUUUGAAUAAGAAUAUAUUAUAGAACUGGUUAUGGUGUUUGUUAUUUAUAAGGAUAUAAUGCAAAAUGUUAUCCAGUGUAUUCCGACAAAAGUAUUUACAUUACUUAAUGUCUUCUACAGGGAAUAAAUCAAAUAUUUUAACAUCCUGA